UAAACCUCCGGAACAUUCCGGUUUUCAUGCAUUUGGAAUUUUUACGAAAUUUAUUAACAGAAAAUGCGGUAUUUAUUGGUGGUAUUUUUGGGCGUGGUGACCGCGCAGCGCCCGGCGCCGGGCUCGUUCCCGUGUGAGCCGCGGCUGAUGCGGGCCACCGGCACGGACAUGGAGGGUCCCUACUACAAGCCCAAUUCGCCGUUCGGCCGCGGCAGUGGCAAUCAGCCGACGGUGUGCAGUGAGAACCUGCCCGGCACGCGGUUAUAUUUAAACGGCACCGUCAUGAAGGUCACGCCCGACCAGCCCUGCGGAUCCCCGAUCCGGGCGCUCCUCGACGUCUGGUCGGCGGAUGUCAACGGGGCUUAUAGUAAUAUCGCGCCCGAAUCCCCGGAUUUUACAUGCCGGUCGCGCUUCACCACGGACGAGCGCGGCAACUACGCCUUCUCCAGUAUCCUGCCGGGACGCUACUACGACAGCGGCUGGCGGCCGGCGCAUGUCCACUGGAAGAUCACGCCCAUCGACGCCAACGGUCAGCCGGUGGGCCGGACCAUCACCACGCAGAUGUACUUUGUCGGAGAUCAGUACCGGGCGCCCAACGACAGCUGCGAAGCGUGCAACUCCGGUGACUCCAGCAUGGUCACCCACGUGACGCAGAUCCCUGGGGGCGGGACGGCCGGCCGUUGCCGGCUCCUGGCAUAUCGUCCUCAGCGAAUGCGCCGGUUGAUUUCAACGUAACCCGGAGACUACGAUUGUUGGACCGAUCGCUGUAUUGCAUUUAAAUCUCUACGGAUUUUGGAUGUUUUUUCAGUGUUUAAAGUUUGAUAAUUUUAGUUAAUGUAAAUCUGCGCAAGUGUACAGAUAUGUGUCCUGGCCGCUGCCGAUCAAUGUAUUUUUUCAAUAUUCAAUAAUAUUAUGAUAAAGUCAAUAUGUACCGUAA